ACAUCCCAUCCACACACACACUAACACACAAACCUGGAUAACAUGUGGAGCUGAUUUGGAUUAUAGAGGCGCACAGACGGAAAAGGUCUGUGGAAAGCCAGGCGAUCUACCAUGCUUGUUCCCCCACCCCUCCAUUCCUGCAGACAAACACACCUGCCCCGCACACACCUCCACCCUAAACAAACAGCAGAGGGAUCAACCCUUCCCUCUCUAUUCCCCUCAUCCAUCCUCUCUCUCUCAUUUCUUCCCCCGCUAUUCAUCUCAUCAUUGUCCUCCUCAUCCCACCUCCUCCACUGUGCAUGCCCCAGGACUUCUACCAAGAGAACCCUUCCUGACUCUGUCACUUUCCCAGUGUUUCACUGGCUGACUCUGGUCACAUGCUGCCUGCUGCCCUCUCUGAUUGGAGCAGGGGAGACGUGGGGUGUGGUUUCGGCCUGCCCGUUCCACUGUGUGUGUAGAAACCUGUCGGAAUCGCUCAGCACGCUCUGCGCCGAUAAGGGCCUGCUAUUUGUACCGCCGCAUGUGGACCGGCGAACGGUGGAGCUGCGACUCGCUGACAACUUUAUAACAGAGGUGGGCGGGAAUGACUUCGUCAACAUGACCGGACUGGUUGAUCUUACUCUGUCGAGGAACACGAUCCACCAAAUCAGACCUAUGGCCUUCGCUGACCUGGAGAGUCUUCGCUCUUUGCACCUGGACGGAAACCGCCUGACAAUACUUGGACCCAAGGACCUUGCAGGUUUGACAAACCUGCAACACCUGAUAAUCAACAACAACCAGCUCAUCAAAGUCUCCGUCGAGGCCUUUGAUGACUUCUUGCUCACGCUAGAGGACCUCGACAUGUCCUACAAUAAUCUCAGGAGGGUACCAUGGGAGUCCAUUCAGAACAUGGCCAGUCUCCACACUCUGAACCUGGACCAUAACCUAAUAGACCAUAUAGCGGAAGGAGUCUUUGGAGAGCUUUAUAAGCUGGCGCGGCUGGAUAUGACCUCCAACCGGCUCAGAACUCUGCCACCUGAUCCACUCUUUGCAAGAUCACAGACUGGAGCGAUUAGUCCAACUCCUUACAAUGCUGUCAUAAGCCUGAACUUUGGGGGGAACCCGCUCCACUGUAACUGUGAGCUGCUGUGGUUACGGAGGCUCAUCAGAGGGGACGACAUGGAGACAUGUGCCACUCCUGUACACCUGGCUGGAAGAUAUUUCUGGUCGAUCCCUGAGGAAGAGUUUACUUGUGAACCACCUCUCAUCACCCGUCACACCCAUAAGCUGUGGGUGCUGGAGGGACAGCGUGCCACACUAAAAUGCCGUGCCAUCGGGGACCCCGAGCCAAUAGUCCACUGGGUUUCUCCUGACGAUCGCAUUGUUGCCAACUCGUCCCGGACCAGCUCCUUCAGCAACGGCACCCUGGAUAUUCUGGUGACGGUCGCCCGGGAUGAUGGGGCGUACACGUGUAUUGCAAUAAACGCAGCAGGUGAAGCGACCGCUACGGUGGAUUUGAAAAUAAUACCGCUGCCUCACAGAGGAGGGGGUAGUGGAAACACUGGGGUUAACGCAGUCAACGCCAAAAACAGCAGGAAUGUCACCAACGGGAUUUUACGGACAGAUCCAGGCUCCUCGGAUAUCAGCACGGGGAAAAAUGGAGGGAUUAACAACGGCGCAGGACGCGGAGCGGAAGCCGAGGACGGGAGUAUGGUAGACGGGGAGGCCAACGAAGGGGAGAGCGGAAAGUCUUUAGAGGGAGAGAGGGCUGAUGGAGGAAGCAUGGAGGAUGACGAGGGCAGUGAGGAGGAGGGCAAGAUGGUCGGAGUACAGGGAGUGACCUCCACCUCGGCUCAGGUGCGAUGGGAUUUGGGACGUUUGUCUGAAGCGUACGUUGUGUGGAUGUAUCAGAUACAAUACAACUGCACUGCAGACGAGACCCUCAUCUACAGAAUCCUCCCAUCAACCAGCGACCGUUUCCUGCUGAAGAACCUGGUUUCUGGCGUGGACUACAACCUGUGCGUUCUGGCCAUUUUUGAUGAAACCAUCACCUCGUUGGCAGCAACGAAGGUACUCGGGUGCACCUCCUUCUCCACCAAGGACGUUUACCCGGCGUGCCGCUCCCUCCAAGCCCACUUCCUGGGUGGGACGCUCACCAUACUGGUCGGAGGCGUUGUCGUGGUCACCCUACUUGUGUUUACCGUGGCGCUCAUGGUCCGGCAUCGUGUUUGCAACCACAGCGACCACAUGUUCUGCCACAACGGCAACACCGAGGCCGGCGGUGGAGCCUGCUGCCAGAGUGGAGGGGAUAAAGGGGGAAACGGGGGUGGAUGUUAUCAAUCCAACGGCUCUGGAGACGUGAUGAUGGUGGUCCUGCCUAACGGUCUGCCCUCUAAGAGAGGAGGGGAGGCGGAGAAAGAUAAGGACAAGGAGAAAGAGGGAGCCGAUUCUGCUUCCCCUCUGCCUCCAAAGCUGCCCCCGAAGCCCCGGCAGAAGCCCAGAGUCAACCUGGAGCAGUUCCUGUCAGCCGGAGGGGUGGUGUCCACCGCGACAGGGGCGGCGAGCGAGAUGGCUCUGGUGGUGAGGCAGAGGAAGGCGCUGCCGCAAAACCUGGAGAGUGACAGAACUCCCCUCUAUUACUCGCCCUCUCCUUCGUCCACACUGCCCCGGCAGUCCCGUUCCAGGGACCGCCCAAAUCCCCGUCUGGAGCGUGAGCUGACCAACCGGGCCAGCUUCUCUCUGGCGGCCCCCCUGAGAGACUCGGAGCUGCUGGACUGGAGAAUCACACCCAGAGGCAGGGACAAAUGGAACUCCUCGCAGGCUUAUCAGAGCCCCGUGUCCCCGCUGAGCCCCGCCGGCGGGACCGUUGGCAAGCGGCGACACUCGCUCGACAUGGGCUCCUCUGUUGCCUUAGCAACCGAUGCAGCAGCAACUGUUGCCAGGCGCUACGGCGCCGUGAGCUGCGCCAAGCGGCUGAGCGUGAUCUGGACGCGACGGAGUCAGUCGCUGCACGGGAUGCUGGUGCAGUGUGCCUCGACCACGAGCGCCGCCUCGUCGACGACCAGCGACGAGUGCGAGGGCGCCGGGGGCUUCGGGGGUCCCGACUUCAAACGGGGGUACAUCCACGCCUAUAACACCACCAACUCAAACUCAAACGCUGGGACGACCGCGGGGAGAGCGAAAGAGCGCAGCAAGGAGAAGGGGAAGGGUGGCGAAGACAUGGAGGAGAGUGUGGUAUAGCCUGGACGCGGCAGAAUAGGAGCAAGGUUAGGACGGAGAAAGGCUUCCAAAUAGGACGGUGAUUCAGGAAGGUGAUUAGAGGUGAAAUUAGGGGAGCGGAAAAUAAGGGAUGAAAGCAGGGAGGUGGGAUCAGAGUGAGGGAGAGAAGUCAGACUGAGUCACAGCCAAUUUAUUUGCCCAGCAAGAAGUCCAGGAAAUUACAUAGAAGACGGGGAGGACAAAUUUUAAUUAAAUACUUAAGAAAAGAUGAAAAGAGUUAUAAUCAAAAACCUACACAAAAAAAAGGGGGACAAGCAACAUAGCAAGUAUGCAGCCACAAAGAAACAAAGUCACAUCAUGACAAAAGGAUCAGAUUAAAGGUUUCAGAUGGAGCGAGCUCAGGCUUGUAACAACAAAAGCUGCAGUUUCAGCAACACCUCGGCUCUCCAGAGUCCAACCCAGCCGCCCACCGACUCAACAAGCACCAUCAAGUGGAUUUAAACUGGAUCAAAAACAACACCACUGCUGGCAACGCCGGAGAAACUCUGGGCUUCAAAACGUCUGGAGCCCUUCUCUGUUACUUUUGGAUUUCGCUUCUGAUGCAGACCGACUUUCUGAGACGCAUUUUCUCCCCCCCCAAAAAAAAGAAGAAAGAAAAAAAAAAAGCAAUGAAUGUCAAUGAUUUGUCCCCUCUGUGUCUGGGUAAGGAUUUUUGGCUGGCCGUGCCUGCGGAUUACAGGAGUAUAAAUACAGAGCCUGGUGCAGUGGACAUGAUCAAUCAAUACAGGAGUGGAAAAUAAAAUAAAAAAAAAAAGACAGGAGGCGAUGGGAGCACGGAUGUUAAAAGAAAAAUAUUUGGAUCACAAUCAAGUCAAUAUGGAUUACAAAAUGGAGGAGACGAGGGGGGAUGAUGGAACAUGUGAGUGUCCAUUUCUGAAAGACAAGAUCAUACUGCACGUCAGAUAAUGGAAACAAAGGAAUAAUGGUGAUGGGUGCCUAAGUGUGGGUGCAGUGGUGAAACAGACUGGAUGUGCAUUUGCAGACAGGGUCAAUCCAGUAACAUGCCAUCAGUUUAGAUACAAAAAAAAAAAAAAAGGGGGAAAAAUGUUUAGUGGUUUCUGGGCAUGCUGUAGAAAGCAGGAAUUUGCACAAUUACGUUAAGAGGUGGUCUAUCCAAACUGAAGUGCAACGUUUAAAGUUCAAACGGAUACUUUCAGCACCGUAGCAUCGUCAGAGAGCACAAACUGGUGAAGAAAUAUCAAAUUUUCAAAACUCAUUUUGUGUAACUUUUAGACUUAUUUGUGCCACAUGGGUUCAAAGGUUUAAACCAAACUGAUGAAUGUCAGAGAGGAGGCAGAAAAAGACAUUUACAGAUUCACUAACAUUCACUCAGACUCACUCCAGAGACUCUUGAAGGCUUUCAAAAAGAGAAAAAAAUAACGAGAAAACUUGAAAAUACAAAUAUAUAUAUAUGGUAUAUAUAUAUAAAAAUGUUACUUGUUGCACCAUGUGUUUCUGUUUUUCUGAGGAAUGAUGUUAGGAGCAGAAUUUCAAAUGUGUGAAUUCUUUUUGUUUAUUUUAAAAACGACGAUUAGAACAAAACACGUUAAUAUUCAAUAAGCAGUAAAGCUCAAAGGGGACAAUAAAUAAGCACACAGAACAAAAGCUGGUCAACACCGGUACGUCCCAGUAUGCGGACUCAAACUGAUGCCUAUAAGAAAAAAAACAAAGCCAAUUAGAUUUAUAAUGUUGACUUUUACUCAACAAUGUUGUUUUUUUUCCUGUUUUAUUAUUUCAUUUUGCCAAAGUCAAUAUUGUUCUCUGGACUUGAUAUAAAUAAAAAUUACAUGUAUGGAAAAGA